AUGUUGCUUGGCGGGCGGACCGUCCAGGCCAAAACCGUUGUCCUCCAUCGCGCGAUGCCGUCGAAGGAGAGCGUGACUAAGCGCCGGCAACUCGCCUACGCGUAUAAAACCAAAGGUGCCCCGCUUAAGCGGCAUAACGUUACACGGAAGGACCCCGUCGCGUUGUUGAUUAAAGCCGCGCGGACGGAACGGGCAAAUAAUGCGUACUUGAAGACCCUCGGAAUUGACUACGCCACGGAUUUUUUCACCUCCCAGCUUGAGAACCUUCCGACGGAUCUGAUUGAUCCGACGAAAAGGCCUCGAGGGGUGAAAUUGGGGAGAAAACCCGCUGUAGUGGAGGAGAAGAGGGAAAAGGCUCCUGUGGAAUGUGAAAAGACGCCGUUAUCAGAUUCUCCCGCCGAGGUUUAA